AUCUCCUUCGUUGAUGCUGGUUUUGUUACUCCUAGUGGCGCCUCUAUUGAUUGUCCAAUCUGCCGAGAAGCCUUCGGUGAUGAGGAUGUUGAAGGUAUGGCUCCUACGGAUGGCCCUCCACGAUACGCCAAAAUGGAUUGCUGCGAACACACCUUCCAUGUUGGCUGUCUCGAG